AUGCCCGAUCCAGAAGUCAGAAUAUUCGACUACGACAAGAUCGAAAUCGGCGAGGAACUGGGUUCCUACGAGUAUCUCCUGACCCAGGCAAUGCUCGAUAGCUUCCGCGCCUCCAUCAGCGAUCCUGACGCCGUCUUUCCGACCCUUGCGGUAAAGCACGACGCCACCGCCUUCGCCAUGGUCUACGAGGACAACACCGGCGGUGUCAACGCAGGCAACGAGGUGGAGUUUUUCAACCCGCCUAUCCCCGGCAAGAGAAUUCACGUAACUGGCCGCAUCGCCGACAAGUACCUGCGCCGCGACAAACCAUACAUGGUCAUCGAGGCCACCGCCAUCGACGAGGACGGCCGCCUGCUGGAGAAGCUCCGCACCUACCAGAUGAAGAAACCUGACGAGGACACCAUCGUCCAGUUCGAGAAUUGCGGCAUACUGGACCGCCAGAACAUUCACAACAACCCCGAACUGGCCCAGCAACGCCUCGGCACAACCUACCCCAUCGCCUCCGGUCGCAUGUCGGUGGCAUUCGCCGCCGAGAGCCUGCGCCGAUUCUUCGGUCCCGAGGUGUUCAAUCACACCGGCAGCGUCAACCUCAAGUUCCUGCGCCCCGUCAAGGGCGGCGACACCAUCACCGUCACCGGGGAGGUCUCAGGCCAGGAGGACACCGACGAAGGCUCCCGCGUCAUAGUCAACCUCUACUGCGAGAACCAGGACGGCAACCGAACCGCCGUGGGCAUAGGCACCGCAGUAGUUAAGUAG